AAAAGUGCGGUAGUCACUCGCCUGCGAUCUGCGGGGAAGAAGUUCAGGAUGGUCCGGUGUGAGAGCCCCGGCCUGCUCCGGGUCCUGGUCCUGGUCCUGGCGUCGGUGUUUGAGGCGGGAUGUCUGCUGGACUCCGGGAUGCUGUUUCCCCGGGAGUCCUCCUCCAGGGAGCGGAAGGAGCUCAGCGGGCUGUGGGACUUCAGGGCGGACCAGUCCCCCAACAGGAACCGGGGCUUCGAGCAGGCAUGGUUCAAGAGGCGGCUGGCGGAGAGCGGCCCGGUGACGGAGAUGCCAGUUCCCGCCAGCUACAACGACAUCACCCAGGACGCCUCCCUGAGAGACUUCAUCGGCUGGGUGUGGUACGAGCGGGAGGUGGUGGUGCCGACCCGCUGGAUCACUGACGACGGAACCAGAGUGGUUCUCAGAGUGGGAAGCGCUCACUAUUAUUCUAUAGUGUGGGUGAACGGGCUGAAGGUGGCGGAGCACGCAGGCGGUCAUCUGCCCUUUGAGGCUGAGAUCGGCGGCGUGAUCCGCAGAGACCCGGGUCUGCCGUGCAGGAUCACCGUCGCUGUCAACAACACUCUGAGUCUGGAGACUCUUCCUCCAGGAGUCAUCCAGCACAUGACCGACCGGACCAAGUAUCCAGAUGGUUUUUUUGUGCAAUACAUCUACUUUGAUUUCUUCAACUACGCUGGAUUACAUCGUCCUGUGCUGCUCUACACGACGCCGAAGGCCUACGUGGACGACAUCACCGUGGUGACCGACUUCACGGACAAAACCGGUCUGGUCGACUACAAGGUGUCGGUCCAAGGCGCCGCGUCAGCCACCCUGAAGGUCACUCUGAUGGACAAAGACGGCCGCUCGGUGGCGUCCUCCGGCGCGCCAGCCGGAGUGCUAAAAGUCCCAGACGUCAAGCUGUGGUGGCCGUACCUGAUGCACGAGAAUCCAGGUUACCUCUACAGCCUGGAGGUUCACUUAAUGGCAGCCGACGAGAGGUCGACGUACGAGGACGUUUACGCUCUGCCGGUCGGCAUCCGCACCGUCAACGUCACCAGCACGCAGUUCCUCAUCAACAACAAGCCGUUCUACUUCCACGGAGUCAACAAACACGAGGACUCGGAC